AUGAGAAGGGUAGGAGGGCCGCUGCUCUGCGUCGGGGAUCUGCUCCAAGACCUCUCCGAGGACGCCGGCGCCGCCGCUGCCGUCAUCUCGCCUUGUCCGUCUAUCAGCGGCGACGCGUCGCCACUCCCGCCGUCUCAUCUCCGCAGUCUUUUCGAGGUUAGUCGGCGGGAAGAACGUGAUCUCCUCGUGCGGAUUCAUCCAUCCAGUAUUUCUUUUUCUUUUCUCAAAUUUUCGUCAUUCCCCUCUCGAUAACUAAUGGCUGCUUCUGUUCGGAGCGUGUAAGAUUUUCUUCGUUCCUCAGUCGUGCCAUGAUGAUUCGAUAUUAGGCGGUUAGAGCCCAAGUCCUUCAUUCUGCAUCAGAGCCAAUUUCUUGUAUCAUAAGGGAAUAUUAGGAUUUUCUUGAAACCAAAGGCCUCAACAUUUUUUGCCCGAAGUAAAAUGAAUGUUGUAGAUUAUUUAUUGUGGUGAAGCAGGGGAGCUUUGGCACCAUGGAUGCAGUAAAUUUUAAACAACCGAGAAGACUGGGAAAAAACUAUUUUUUUUUUACCACUCGUCUGGAGAGAAACGCUUCAGUUGAAGGAAAUAAACUUAAACUUCAUGUAUAACUGGCUGUGAGGAUGCAUUUCCCUCACCUCCAGAAGAUAAUCCUGUCAGCUAUGGUUGAUUCAUAGCUGAACAUGGUUAGACCUCAUAAUUAAGCACUAAUGUUGUGCUUUCUUUCAUUUUUUUCAACACCUUUCAGACAUGAUACGAGUGAUUUCUCAUUUGCGUAAACCGUAUUUACAUGACAAGAAUUAGCCAAUUCCGAUUCCUUGCCACUUUAGAUGCUUCGUCCAUUAGCUUUGGGAUGAAAUGCAAUUUUACAAGCCAUUCGCCCUUAAACCUGCGUGGUGGAUGUUAUCCGGAAAGUAAAAAGAAAAAUCAACGAAAGUUUUCAUAUGUCAGGAAUUGCACGUACGCUGUCUCUCUAUAGAUCUCUAUGAGAUGCACGUAUUUUAUUAAAUUUGAAACGGAUUCUAGAUCCGAUUUUUCAUAUGGGUUUCCCAACAUUCAUAAACUCCAAGCAAAGUUUUUUAAAAAUUCCAUUUAAAAUCUUUGAUUAUAUAGCGUUCCUAUAUUUUUCUUCUGUUUUGAGAAAGAAAUAUGUCCGUCAUCAACAUAUCUUAGUGAUUCUUUGGCUACUGUCUCUUCUUCAUUCUAUGUUAUUAUUUUUCUUGAUGUGUUCCAUAGGUUUUAUUUUCGUUAUGUUAUCUGUUCAUUUGAUUUUUUAAUGCUCUUGGCAUCAAAGAUAUAUCAUCUCCAAUAUAUAUGUGCGGGUGGCAUUUCCUGUGGGUUACUAAAACGUGAUUACUAAGCUCUGAGAUUGCUCUCUUCGAGAUCCACAGCUUAGAAAUUACAUGAGAAGUUUAGAACAUUGAGGCUUAUCCAGAAAAAGAGAACUAGCAGCUUCAUGAAACGCACCUUGCUUCACUAAAAAAUAAUUGGAUUUUGUCAAUAAACUAUAAAACAAUCUGUUGCCCUUGCAGUACUUGAAAUUUAUUUGAGGCUCUUUGAGAGGGUAGGAUAUUUAAAACAAGGGAAAAUGUUGCAUUUUAUUGACAAAACAUGAUGGUGUUGAUGCUUUUGGCUUGUGCUAGAGCUAUAGAUAAUUCCUACUCAGACUUUGCUGAUCGCGAUGCUUUUACCCAGCACUAUACUUAUUCUACAUAAUUAACAUGGGAGUUCCCCUCACUUGGGGGUAAUUAAUCCUAAUGAUGAUAAAAAAUAUUAAAUAAUAGCAUGUCUCUAAUACAAGUUAAGGAUGAUAAAAGAUUAAAUAAUACCAUUUUUUUCAUUGGCAACAGGCGACAUAUGAUCAGCUGACUGAGUCUCUGGCAGGGACGGAUCACUCAUGGACCCAACUAACCUUGAAGGUGAAUUUGCAUCUACAUUAUUUUUAUUUCAUCAUCUGAAAGUAGAAAAUCUCCCAUUUGAGAAGGUCUAAUGGAUCUCCACCCUUAGCUGUGCUCUGCAGUUGAAACAGCAGAUAAAUUAGUUAGUUUAGCCCAAUCAAACGCUGAGGUUUUGCUGGAUAAGGUUAAUAGUCUUGACAACAUCAUAAAACGCAGCCAUUCUGCUGUUGAAGUUGCAAGAGCUUUGUGUGGCGAAAAGUCCAAGAGGGAAAUGGCUACCAAUGAUUGUGUCAGGGGAUCUGAAGAGUGA